GGCUUUGAAAAUUACUUCAACGUCCCAGCUCAAUAUGUAGCUCGCAUAAGCUUUUUAAUUUCGUCCAGGACUAAAUUAGAUUUCUUGGAAAAUAAUCAAAAUUCGAUAAAAACCUUUAGAUUUUCUCUAAAUUUAAGAUAAAACUAAAAUAAUUGCUUUAACUGAGGAAUAGUGGUUGUAGGGGUGGACAAGGAGAGAAAAAGAAGGACCGAAACAAUCAGAGAACUUGAAGGGCUGAUUCACCAUUGAACAUUCGGGACAUUGGAAACCAUCAUCAAUUGCCAUUUGAAAAAUGACAGCAAGAAAUCGUUGCGAAGACCAAAAAACUGUAACCUUCCCUGAAUAUCCAAGUAGCUCUGAAGAUGUCCAAAUCACCCCGGACAUCUGGCCUGAAGAUGACGAGCCAACAAUAUGUGAGAAGGGCAAGAGUGGCAGAUCUAAGGGUAGUACUCGCCGUGCGGAGAAGUAUGGUAAAGGCUCUGGUUCGAACAAGCAGGGUGGCGGCCAUGAUAGUGACUUCGAUUGCGAUCCGUAUAUGUUACCAUAUAAUAACAUAUAUUAUCCAGCAGGACCCUAUGGACCACGGAUUGAACUCUGUCCAUAUGUCCCAUUAAAUUCUAGCCCUAAAAAUUCUAGAAACAAGAAACGGAUGGUGUCAACAAGUAAAAAGUAGACAGAAUAUUUCGGGUCUUGUUGGCGUGGUUCUGUAGUAAACCUGGAGGUAUCAUUCAAAUCUAUUUUAGUAAAUUUUAUAAAAUAAAGUGCUGUUUAAAUUUA